AUGGCCGGAAUCAUAGUUGCAGCCACCCUCUGCAUUGCCGUGCUCUGCUUUCUCGUCCAAUUCGGGGUCGUCCGAUCUCACGGAAACAUACCACAAAUUUACCACGUUGGGGAUGCCAAAGGUUGGGACCUGUAUCCCCAAGUAAUGGAUUGGCCUCGCAACAAGCAUUUCAAGGCAGGAGAUACUUUAGUGUUCAAGUACAGUAAUCCAGUGUACGGAGUGGCAAAGGUGGAUGCACUAGAGUUUAAACGGUGCCAGAAGAACAGAGGUACCGAGGAAUACAACUCUGGGAACGAUCGAUUUACUCUCCAGAAAGGCUUCAAUUACUUCAUAUCCAUCUUUCCCGAUUAUUGUGGAUACGGAAUGAGAAUCCAAGUUUAUGCACAGUGA